AUGUUCUCACGCCCAGUUGCACUGCUUUCUCUGUUAGCAGACAAAGCUUUACCAAAGCUGUUUAUCGCCGCCUUGCAGGCUGAUGAAAUCACUGGAUUAGAACGAGAGAGGAUUGAUGGAAAAUUCCUCUCAAAUCUCCGUUUUGCGGACGACAUUGUUCUCUUCUCGAUGAAUAUGACUGAGGUGGAGACGAUAAUGAAAACUAAACGAAGUAAAGAAAGGGAAGGAGUGCGAAUUAACCGACAGAAGAAUCAGUUUAUGAAAGACGCUUUUUGCGAGGAUCAGGAAAUGGAAUUAGAGGGCUGUCCAAUCGCGGAGAUGUCUUUUUACAUCUCGGAUGUUUAA